CAUCGUUAUCUUCACAAAUGUCGUCAUCAUUUUUAUGGAGGGAGACAAAGUUGACAUAGCUGCACGUAGCAUCGACGAUCGUACAGUCACACACCGACUCUGGCACAAUCGUCCCAAGGUUUUGUGUACUUCUUACCUCGUUCAGUCUCAUUGCUACCUUUGUAGUUGACGGUCAUACUCGUCUUACCGUGUUCAUUUAUUUCAUCGUUGUUCUUCAGGUGGUAUUUUCUGUCCAACAGAUACAUAAAGUAUUGGAGAUAAUCAUGACAGCGGAAACACCAAGGGCGUAUUUUGGCGUCAGCAUGCAGUGGAUCAAGUACAUGCUAUGCGCUCUCAAUCUUAUUUUCAUGUUUUCGGGUGCAAUUGUGAUUUGCAUAAGCUAUUACUUGUAUAAGGUGAACGACAUAUUUUUAUACUUCUUGGAUUCAUUCUACGUCUCUCCCGCGGCCGUUCUUGUCACUGCUGGAGUACUCAUCCUCGUCAUUUCCUUUUUUGGCUGCAUUGGUGCGCUCAAGGAGAGCACUUGUAUGGUCCGUACUUUUGCAUUUCUUCUGGUAACAGUGGUUAUACUUGAAUUUGCAGCUGUAGUGACUGUCCAUGCUUUCCCACAAUACGAUUUUUAUCGUCUUUUGUACAAUAACAUUCGUAAAGCCAUGAAAUAUUACUUCACUAUUCCUCAGGCUCGGGUUGCUAUGGAUUCAUUACAAAGAGGGUUCCAGUGCUGUGGAUUUGAUGGACCGCAGGAUUGGGAUAAAGUAAAUCAGAGACUGUUAUUCCUCUAUAGGCCAGUUUCAUGUUACACGGAUCCCCUGCCGUUCAAAGCCCAGAGCCUAUUUAAUCAAGGCUGUUUUUAUGCAUUGGCUUCUUUCAUAAAACACAAUGAAGUUUACAUUAUCACCGGAGUCACAGUGAUUUGUUUUAUUCAGAUCGCAGGAAUAAUGAAUGCCUUCAGUCUAGGACGUAUGAUCAGGAGACAAAAAACAUUACGAGAGAUGCGCAAGUGGCAGGAGCGAACGACCUUAUCCAGUUUUGAUGAGUCCAUUGCAAAAGUACAGAAAGUUGACGCACUUUCAGUAUCAUAAAGCGUAUUCUGAAAAUGUUCCCGGAAAACUAUACGACAACGUUUAAGUUUAUCAAGAAAAUUUUUAAACAUUACGACCUAACACGUUUUUUCUAAAAUAUAGUUGAUUAAAAAGUAAUGAGAUUCUGUUUUGAUUGCUGUGAAAAGCGCAGUCUCGUACGUAAUGUCUAUAAUUUUUCGAGAACAUAUUUAGAACACUUAAUGUAGAGGGACGAUUAUGCAUAACUUAUUUUUAGUGUGAAACAUUAUUUUUUACAAUUUUGUAGUACUAACUCAUAUUGAAAAGACUCGUAAAAAACACAAGUCUCAGAUGCUAAAUUACCUUCUAAUUGACUUCUGCACUUGACAAACAUCUUAAGAGUAGCAGAAGUACACGUGUGGUAGUUUUCUCAAUAAAACUUUUUCCAAUUCAACGCUGGAGGCUAAAUAUUUUUUUUUAUUUGUCACGUCGAGUUCUUAAAAAUUUGGAAGUUAAAUUGAUGCACGUGCACAA